UGGAUGUCGUCAUGCCGGCACAGGCGGCCCAGAGCAUCUGGCGGAAGACAAGGAAAUAUCAUUGAAGCUAUAUAAAAACCCGGGAAGGUCGGCGGUUUAGGUUCAUCAAAAAGACUUUAAAUACUCCAGUUCUAGAGGGAUUGGAUCAAUUGAAUGCCUUCCAUCUUGUUCCCAUUAGUUACAUUUCGUUGAUCGCUUCGUCAUGCAUCUCUCCCAGCUUCUUGUGGUGCUCAGCGCCUGCAGCGGCACUUGGGCUGCUCCCGUUGAACAGAAGCCUCUUGCUGUACCAGAAAAGGGUGCUUCGAACGUCGGAGACAACCCGUAUACCCCAGAUUAUCGUGAUCCCUACGAUAGGAAAGUAGACGCCAUCGGCAGGAAGCUCCGACCAGAGCCUUAUAGAAAUGGAGAUGGUUCGACAGUACUAGGACCCAGGAAUAGAGGUCGUGAAAGGCAGGACCCUGAUCUCGUCCGCCCUCCAAGUACCGAUCAUGGAAACAUUCCUAACAUGCGAUGGUCUUUCGCCGACUCUCACAUUCGCAUCGAAGAAGGCGGAUGGACGCGCCAAACCACCGUGCGGGAGCUUGGCACUAGCAAAGAACUUGCUGGUGUGAACAUGCGCCUGGACGAAGGCGUCAUCCGCGAGCUUCAUUGGCAUAAGGAGGCCGAAUGGGCCUACGUGCUUGAAGGAAAGGUUCGCAUUACUGCUCUCGACACCGAGGGUGGCAGUUUCGUCGACGAUCUCGAGAAGGGAGACUUGUGGUAUUUCCCAUCAGGCCACCCCCAUUCCCUCCAGGGCUUGAGCCCGAACGGAACGGAAUUUUUACUCAUCUUUGACGACGGAAACUUUUCCGAAGAAUCGACCUUCUUGCUCACGGACUGGCUUGCGCAUACUCCCAAAUCAGUCAUUGCCGAGAACUUCCAAGUGCAUCCGGAAGUCUUCAAGGCGAUCCCCCAAUCGGAGAAAUACAUCUUCAAGGGUUCUAAUCCUGGCUCCAUCGAUGACGAGAUCCCUAAGGGGAAAGGAUAUAAGAAGUCAAAGCUCCAAUUCACCCACAAGAUGGAUGCCCAAGAGCCCAUCAUUGCAUCAGGCGGAAAGGCGCGCAUUACAGAUUCGAGGAACUUCCCCCUCUCGAAGACGGUAGCUGCUGCACACCUAGAGAUCGAGCCUGGAGCACUCCGAGAGAUGCAUUGGCAUCCGCGUGCCGAUGAAUGGUCUUACUUCAUCAAAGGUCGAGCCCGUGUGACCAUCUUUGCUGCAGAAGGCAACGCAAGGACCUUUGACUACCAGGCUGGUGAUGUUGGAAUCGUACCAAAGAACAUGGGUCAUUUCAUCGAGAAUCUUAGCGAUGAUGAACCCCUCGAGGUACUCGAGAUUUUCCGCUCCGACAAGUUCGAGGAUUUCUCGCUCUUCCAAUGGCUAGGCGAAACUCCCAGGAGGAUGGUCAAAGACCAUCUGUUCGCGGAGGACGAGAAGGCUGGGAAGAAGUUUGAGAAGGCCAUCUGGGAUGCCGAGAAGGAUGUUAUCAAAAAGCCAUACGACUGGGAUAAUGAGGAGGAAGAGAAGGAGGAAUUGUAAGUACACUCCUUGGGUAUUUUCUCUUCGAUCAUGUCCGUCUGGACCCAAACCUCUUUAUAUUAGUGUUGCCUCUGGUAGAGCUUUCAACCAUAAUGAACC